UUCAAAAUUGAGCAGUGAAGUGGUUUGCAACAGUUACCUGGCUCUUGGCCUCAAUCCAGCUGAUUCAAGUUGAGACCUGAAAAGAGAUCUUGGAUCCUGUGGCAGUGGAAAGACCCAAGAAUGCCAGUCAAGAAGAAAGAUACUGACCGAGCUUUAUCAUUACUGGAAGAAUACUGCAAAAAAUUAUGGAAACCAGAGGAACAACAGUUGAAAAACGCUGUUAAAAAAGUGAUGGGUAUCUUUAAGAGCAGCUUAUUCCAAGCUUUGCUAGAUAUUCAAGAAUUUUAUGAGGUGACAUUGCUAAAUUCUCAAAAAAGUUGUGAUCAGAAGAUAGAAGAAGCAAAUCAAGUUGCACAGAAAUGGGAGAAGACAUCCCUUCUUGCUCCGUGCCAUGAUAACCUUCAAAAAUCUGCAGAGCUUACAGAUUGCAGUGGGCCAAAAGAAAAUGCUUCAUGUAUUGAGCAAAAUAAAGACAAUCAGUGUUUUGAAAAUGAAACUGGCAAAAAGACAAGACAAAACCAAGGCAAAUGCCCAGCCCAGAAUUGUUCAGUGGAAGCCCCUGCUUGGAUGCCUGUCCACCACUGUACUAAGUAUCGAUACCAAGAUGAGGACGCUCCACACGAUCAUUCCUUACCUCGACUAACCCAUGAAGUAAGAGGACCGGAGCUGGUGCAUGUAUCAGAAAAGAACCUGUCUCAAAUAGAAAAUGUCCAUGGAUACGUCUUGCAGUCUCACAUCUCUCCUCUGAAGGCCAGCCCUGCUCCUAUAAUUGUCAACACAGAUACUUUGGACACGAUUCCUUAUGUCAAUGGAACAGAAAUUGAAUAUGAGUUUGAAGAAAUUACAUUGGAAAGGGGGAAUUCUGGCCUGGGAUUCAGUAUUGCUGGAGGGACAGAUAAUCCCCACAUUGGAGAUGACCCUGGCAUAUUUAUUACGAAGAUUAUACCGGGUGGUGCUGCUGCAGAGGAUGGCAGACUCAGGGUCAAUGAUUGUAUCUUGCGGGUGAAUGAGGUCGACGUGUCAGAGGUUUCCCACAGUAAAGCCGUGGAAGCUCUCAAAGAAGCGGGGUCUAUCGUUCGCCUGUAUGUGCGCAGAAGACGACCCAUUCUGGAGACUGUUGUGGAGAUCAAACUGUUCAAAGGACCUAAAGGUUUAGGCUUCAGUAUUGCAGGAGGUGUGGGGAACCAGCACAUUCCUGGAGACAACAGCAUUUAUGUAACUAAAAUUAUAGAUGGAGGAGCUGCACAAAAAGAUGGAAGGUUGCAAGUAGGAGACAGACUGCUAAUGGUAAACAACUACAGUUUAGAAGAAGUGACACAUGAAGAGGCAGUAGCUAUACUGAAGAACACAUCUGAUGUCGUUUAUCUAAAAGUCGGCAAACCCACCACCAUUUACAUGACUGAUCCUUAUGGGCCACCUGAUAUUACUCACUCUUAUUCUCCACCGAUGGAAAACCAUCUACUCUCCGGCAACAAUGGAACUUUAGAAUAUAAAACUUCCCUGCCGCCCAUCUCUCCAGGAAGGUACUCACCGAUUCCAAAGCACAUGCUUGUUGAAGAUGAUUACACCAGGCCUCCGGAACCUGUUUACAGCACUGUGAACAAACUGUGUGAUAAGCCUGCUUCUCCCAGGCACUAUUCCCCUGUUGAGUGUGACAAAAGCUUUCUUCUCUCAGCUCCCUACCCCCACUACCACCUAGGCCUGCUCCCUGACUCUGAGAUGACCAGUCAUUCUCAACACAGCACUGCAACCCGCCAGCCUUCAGUGACUCUCCAGCGGGCCAUCUCCCUGGAAGGGGAGCCCCGCAAGGUAGUCCUGCACAAAGGCUCCACUGGCCUGGGCUUCAACAUCGUGGGCGGGGAAGACGGAGAAGGUAUUUUUGUGUCCUUCAUUCUGGCUGGUGGACCAGCAGACCUGAGUGGGGAACUCCAGAGAGGAGACCAGAUCUUAUCCGUGAAUGGCAUUGACCUCCGUGGAGCAUCUCACGAGCAGGCUGCUGCUGCCCUGAAAGGGGCUGGACAGACGGUGACCAUUAUAGCACAAUACCAACCUGAAGAUUACGCUCGAUUUGAGGCCAAAAUCCAUGACCUGCGCGAGCAGAUGAUGAACCACAGCAUGAGCUCCGGGUCCGGGUCCCUGCGAACCAAUCAGAAACGCUCCCUGUAUGUCAGAGCCAUGUUUGACUAUGACAAGAGCAAGGACAGUGGGCUGCCAAGUCAAGGACUUAGUUUUAAAUAUGGAGAUAUUCUCCACGUUAUCAACGCCUCUGAUGACGAGUGGUGGCAAGCCAGGAGAGUCACGCUGGAGGGGGACAGUGAAGAGAUGGGGGUCAUCCCCAGCAAACGGAGGGUGGAAAGAAAGGAGCGUGCCCGGUUGAAGACCGUGAAGUUUAAUGCAAAACCUGGAGUGAUUGAUUCAAAAGGGUCAUUCAAUGACAAGCGUAAAAAGAGCUUCAUCUUUUCACGAAAAUUCCCAUUCUACAAGAACAAGGAGCAGAGUGAGCAGGAAACCAGUGAUCCUGAACAACAUGUCUCUUCUAAUGCCAGCGAUAGCGAAAGUAGCUACCGAGGGCAAGAAGACUUCAUUCUUUCUUAUGAGCCUGUCACAAGGCAGGAAAUAAACUAUACCCGGCCGGUGAUUAUCCUGGGCCCCAUGAAAGAUCGGAUCAAUGAUGACUUGAUAUCCGAAUUCCCCGACAAGUUUGGCUCCUGUGUGCCUCAUACUACGAGGCCAAAGCGUGACUAUGAGGUAGAUGGCAGAGACUACCACUUUGUCAUUUCCAGAGAACAAAUGGAGAAAGAUAUCCAAGAGCACAAGUUUAUAGAAGCUGGCCAGUACAAUGACAACUUAUAUGGAACCAGUGUGCAGUCUGUGAGAUUCGUAGCAGAAAGGGGCAAACACUGUAUACUUGACGUGUCAGGAAAUGCUAUCAAACGGUUACAAGUUGCCCAGCUCUAUCCCAUUGCCAUCUUCAUUAAGCCCAAAUCUCUGGAACCUUUGAUGGAGAUGAAUAAGCGUCUAACAGAGGAACAAGCCAAGAAAACCUAUGAUCGUGCAAUUAAGCUAGAACAAGAAUUUGGAGAAUAUUUUACAGCUAUUGUCCAAGGAGACACCUUAGAAGAUAUAUAUAAUCAAUGCAAGCUUGUUAUUGAAGAGCAGUCUGGGCCUUUCAUCUGGAUUCCCUCAAAGGAGAAGUUAUAAAUUAGCUACUGCACCUCCGACAAUGACAGAAGAGCAUUUAGAAGAAAAAAAUAUAUAUAAUAUACUACUUGGAGGCUUUUAUGUUUUUGUUGCAUUUAUGUUUUUGCAGUCAAUGUGAAUUCUUAUGAAUGUACAACACAAACUGUGUGAAGCCAUGAAGGAAACGGAGGGGCCACAGGGUGGGACAGAAAAGACUUUGCAGUAUGCAGGAAGGCUUUGGUUUGCUCAAAGUGCCAGGUGUAGGGAUGAACCUCUGAUGGGCUUUCUGCCCAAGAGAUGGGCAGCCUCCUCACCCCAGCAGAUGUCCAGAGCUGAUUUAGCCGCUGAGCUCUCUGUGUCUUUUGCUUUAAAGAAAAGUUGUCAGCACUUGAACUUCACCAACCUUCCCAUUACCCACAUCUGUAAUUGGUACACUUCGAAUUUUAUAACUAUGCACACUCUUUGAUUUCUUAACGAGCAAAAGAAAGAAACAAGGAAAAAGGAAAGGAGUCCCUUUGGAGACGGCAUAAUAUCAGGGAAGGAUAAGUGUGUAGUUUCUUUGACUGGCAUCUACAAAGACGAGCGUUUCAUAAAAUUCACAAGUGUAUGGAGGACUGACCUCACUGAGAGGAGGGGAUUCACUGAGGGUAGCUUUAUGAUUGUUUAUUGUCUAUUUUGCCAUUUAUAAACUGAAAGAAGGCACUAAAGAUGAGAAUAAUUUAUACAAUAAAAAUAUAUUAAAUGUAUAGAAAUGAAUUUCUAUAGGUUAAAAAAGUUUUGUGAAAUAUUUUGUAAUGACUAAUUGAGAGACUAAAUGUAUGCACUAUCAGCAGAUGAUCAAAUUCAAGAACUGAAAGUUGCACUCUCCCUUUUGUUGCCAAUGAUCCAUUAAGAGCAUCUGAGUUCCUACCAAAGUCUGAUAAAGACUUCUCCCUCACUUACCUCCCAUGAUCUCCCUUCCAUAUUAGUAACACACUCUCAUGGAGCACAUCCCUUAAUGAGUUGCCCUUGUGGGUAUUUUUGGAAGACUUUUGGUUAAUGCAUUUUUAAGCUGAUGGCUUUCAGAGACAAACUCAUUCAAAUGAUCUAAAGGGAAGUUUUUGCUUUUAUCUUGUUAAACAACCUGGGCCUGCCAUGCAAAUAGUUGAAUAAUUUUGUUCCUAGUUACUUACAUGCAAUUCUCAAAGGAUCAUUUAGUAUUUUGACCAACCAUGAGUAAUUAGGACUUUCUUUUUGUCUGUUUCACAAGUAACUGAGGGUUUUGUGACAGCCAGAAAUGGUAUCGAGCCAUGGAGAGAUCUGUCCCAAGAAGCACUGUUCCUUUGA